GCUGCUGCCCCCUCUCCUCCUCCUUUCUCUCUCAGUCCUGGGUGAGGAGACGCAGGGAAACACUGGGCCAUGAAGAGUGGGAUCCUACUAGCCCUUGUAGCCCUAGUCCCUCUGUGGUGCCAGGCUCAGGAGACUGAAGAACAGCGGUCCUGUGAUGGGGCAUUUGAUCUGUACUUCAUUCUUGACAAGUCUGGUAGUGUGAAGAACCACUGGCAUGAAAUUUACUACUUUGUUGAGAGCCUUACUGAAAAAUUUACAAGUCCUAUGCUCAGGAUGUCAUUUAUUGUCUUCUCCUCCCGGGCAACAACCAUCAUGAAGUUGACUGAAAAGAGAGAACUGAUACGCCAAGGCCUCCAAAAGCUUCAAACAGAGGUGCCUGGGGGUGACACAUUUAUGCAUGAAGGAUUUAAAAUGGCGAAUGAACAGAUCAAUCAGGAGAACAGAAGAAGUAACAGUGCGGCCAGUGUUAUCAUAGCGCUCACUGAUGGGGAACUGCAGCAAAACCAGUUCAACUAUGCAGAAAAUGAGGCUGAUAGAGCUCGGAGUUUGGGUGCUAUUGUAUAUUGUGUGGGAGUAAAAGACUUUAAUGAAACACAGCUCUCCACCAUUGCUGACAGCCUCGACAAUGUAUUCCCCGUGACAGGUGGAUUCCAGGCUCUACAUGGAGUUAUUGACUCAAUCUUGAAGAAAUUCUGCAUAGAAAUUCUGGCUGCAGAGCCGUCCAGUGUCUGUGCUGGGGAGUCCUUCCAGGUGGUGGUACGAGGAAAUGGCUUCCAGAGCGCCCGUGACACCAGUCAAGUCUUGUGCAGCUUUAAACUCAAUGAUAGCUUCACUAUAAAUGAGAAGCCGUCUAUCAUAGAAAACACUUACCUGCUAUGCCCUGCUCCAGUAAUUGAAGAAGUUGGACAGGUGAUGUAUCUACAGGUCAGCAUGAACAUGGGCCUCAACUUUAUCUCUAGUUCUGUGAGCAUCACCAGUACACAUUGUCGCACUGGAAUCAUUCUCUUCAUUGCCCUGCUGAUACUCUUCCUUCUACUUUUCCUGGCUUUGCUUUGGUGGUUUUGGCCACUUUGCUGCACUGUGGUGAUUAAAGAGCCACCACCACCUCCUCCUCCAGCACCAGAAUCUGAUGAUGAGGACGGUUUACCAAAGAAAAAGUGGCCAACUGUGGAUGCAUCUUAUUAUGGAGGAAGAGGCGUUGGGGGUAUAAAGAGGAUGGAGGUGAGGUGGGGUGGUAAGGGCUCCACUGAAGAAGGAGCAAAACUAGAGAAACCCAAAAAUGCUGUCAUUAAACUGCCAGAGCAAGAAUUUGAACCCUGGGAGCCUAAACCAAAGAAAAACAUGCGCCGUAAUAAUCCACAGGAGAGGAAAUGGUACAGUCCAAUCAAGGGUAAGCUUGAUGCGAUUUGGGCUCUGUUGAGGAGAGGAUAUGACCAAGUGUCACUAAUGAGGCCGCAGACAGGAGACAAGGGACGCUGUAUCAAUUUCACAAGAGUUAAAGCUGAUGGAAGCCAGGCUAUCUAUAAGCCACCUGCCAGAAGUGCUUCACCAAGCCCUCCACCACCUCCAAUGCAAUCACCUAAACAGCCUCCUCAUCAACCACCACAGAGGCAACCUCCACCAGGUCCUCCACCUUCACGAAUGCCCCCAGGUCCACCCCCUUCUCGUCCUCCUCCUGAUCCUAUGAAUUGAGCCCAUGCCAUUGGCUUCUGUACGCUGGACUGAAUUUAACUUUGUUAAAGCAGCUGCACGACUGCAGUAAAAGAAUAGUUCUGGCCUGCAGUAGAUCCUGAAAUACCAAUAUGACUGGUGUGUUCACUUUGGAAGUAAGAACAGGACACAUCAUGCAUAAUAGUCAUUUUUACAUUAGAAUGCAUUGCAACUGUUAUGUUUUGAGGUGGCAUAUUUAUAUGGCCACUACAGUGCUCACAUAGGUCUUCAUUAUAACCCAGAGCUUCAUGAAUCCCGUGGCGUGCAGCUGCUUCUAACUCCUUCGCUGUUUGGAUGUUAGUCUGGCAGCCAAAGGGUUACAUGUACUCAGUCUAUUUAUUCUGUCUGUUUUUAUAUGUUAGAAAUGACAAAUGGAGUUUGUUGCUGGCCAGCAAAAUGUGCCCCAUUUGUGCUCAGGUGACAGCCUGACCUCAGUCAUCUCCUUUUGAAUCUUGUAUCAUGUAAACUCUAUUCAGAUCAGGUUUUCAUUUUUUGCUUCACAUUUGUAUACUAAAUUCCAUUAAAGGAAUAGCACUGGAUACCAGCUUGUACUGUCAGGCAUGCCAGCUAGGAUCCCUUCCUUGAUCCCAAUAGGUCCCAGUGGCCCAAUCAAUCGCAGUUCCCAUGCAGAAAUAUGAGGACAGCGCUAGGACAGGUUAGUGUAGAAGACCAACACAAGAGCAGGGCUGAGAUGAUGGCUCCUCUAGUUGAAGUUCUUAGCCUACUAUUGGCCUCAGACUGGUCUCUUGCCAUCUGCAGUGGGGGCAUCAGUUAUUCUAUCUCUUUGUAUAAAUGUGUAUGUGAAAGUUGUGUACAGCAUUAGCAUGUGACUGCUGGGCAGUUCAAGUAAUUUAUAAGAUCUGCUGACAAUCUCCAUAACCUCCAUUCCAGUAGCCAGAAGUCACAAUUCGUUGGUUCUAACUCAGAUGUCAUCUUCUAAAAGAAGGAAUGUAAUUGAUUUGAAUACAUAUGUUUGUAAGUUUGUCCCUAUAAUUAAAGUUUCAGGAUUUUAGGCAUACACAAUCCAUCAUUCAAUCUUAUUUUCUUAGCUCCAAUCCAACAAGUCUCUGGAAAUCACAAUUUAAAAUGUUUUAAAUUUGACUUUUACGCUACAAUAGUCUACAGCUAUUUAGAGGGGCAAUAGUUUGAUCUUCAUUGAGGUUAUUGAACCAGUAUCCUGCAAGUUCUAAGUUUAAAAUGAUGGAAUAGUGCAAAUUAAUGCAUGGAUGAAAGACACUGUGUUCAGACAGAAUGUUCUUCCAAUCAUACUUUCAAAAACAAACUAGAUUAGACUGGUUGGCUGAUAUUGCACAUAGUUGAUAUUUUCUAAAAAGUGUUGUCAAAUUUUGAGAAGAGCACCACUGUAACACCUGACCUCACAUAGCUCUCUAUGGCAAUGCCACAAAUAAUAGUAACCUAGUGCAGUCCAACAGUUGGGUCAGUUUUAAGGUUCCUUGUCUAGGGAUCUGUCUGUAGCAUACACAGUAGAGAAGGGGCAACAUAGCAAUUAAGGUGCACAUUAUAAUUCCUCUGUACAUAGAAGACUAUACCACACAGUAGCAACCAGGACUCAUCUCUCGAAGGCCCCAUAGCAGGUCAUUUUUCUUACAUAUGUAAGGGACCACUAUCGCAGGAAUGUGCAAUCUCACCCAGAGUAGAGCUAAGAGAUAACUAUAUCAUUACGGUUGAUUUUGACACAGCCCAUCAUUGACAGUUCUGCCCAUGGUGGGAUGGUGGUAUUGGUACAGUGCUCAAACCAGUGGGAGAGACGUCACUUCAGCAGGUUUUAUAUUCAGGCCUCUCAACUGCACAGCUUCUCUUGUUCGUUCACUCAGGAGUUUCACCUGCGGCUACUCUUCCCUCCUCCAGCUGGGCUCAGCUCCAAUUAAAUGCAGGUCCCAGAGCCUAGAGUCACUGAAAGGCAGUCUGCAGAUACAAAAUCUUGCCUUGACACAUCGCCCGACCGGCAGUAACCAAACUCGGC